CUUUGCCGCCCCCCUUAGGGGUCCCCGGACCCCAGGUUCGGAAUCACUGCUAUAGUGUAUCUGUGCUUGAACAUCAUGACUGACUUUGAGAGACAGAAGGAGGAGCAGCGGCGGGAGGUGGCAAUCGCUAUACCAUUACAAGAAGUUGCCAACCCACACCCGCAGGAGGAGCAGCUGCCCUACCCGACCCUGGCCCCUGUAGCUGUCACCUGCUUAAAACCGUCCAGAAGACUCCGUAACUGGUGUCUGCAAGUGGCCUAUAGCCCAUGGUUUGUGUAUUUGACUGUAGCGAUGAUCCUCUUCAGGUGUGCAAGUUUGUCCUACUACAAGCCAGGUGAAAUGAAGAGCACCAUGCAAGAGAUAGUGGAUGCCUUGAUCUUUAUCUACUUUAUUGUGGAAAUGCUCAUCAAGAUGAUGGUCCUGGGAGUCUUUGGCUAUAGAGGGAGUUACUUUAGCAACAACUGGAACAAGCUGGACUUCAUCAUCAACUGUGGAGAGAUGUUGGAUUUUAUCUUGGAAAACUGUGGCAUCCACUUCCAGUUCUGUCAAGUGCUCUCUCCGUUGCGACUCAUCAGCAGAGUACCAAGUAUGCUGGAUGUGGUGACAGUACUCUUAGGCAUCGUGCCCAUGCUGGCAAAUGUUCUGGUCGUCUACAUCUUCGUCAUACAAAUCUUUGCCGUUGUGGGAGUCCAGCUGUGGGCGGGGCAGCUGCGCAACCGCUGCUUCCUGGGAGAGGACAUUCCCACAAAGUACAACGUGUCCUUAAAUCCAUAUUACAUGAACAAGUAUGGUGAAAAACUCCCAUUUAUCUGUUCGCCUGAUGGCAAGAGCGGGAUGCAACGCUGCCAUGAUGUGCCACCUUACAACAUAAAUGGGGAAAACUGCUCAUUGGCUGCUCACCACUAUGCUUCAGCUGUAGAUGAGCUUGUCUCUACGGUGGCUGGGGCCAGUGCUAACGCCUGUGUCAACUGGAACAUGUACUACAAUGUCUGUCGGCCCGGGGACCACAACCCUUACAUGGGAACAAUUAGCUUCGACAACAUUGGCUACGCCUGGAUAACCAUAUUCCAGGUUGUCUCACUGGAAGGAUGGGCGGAGAUCAUGUUUUAUGUUAUUGAUGCUCAUUCUUGGUGGAGUGUUUUAUUUUUUGUACUCGUCACUGUUAUGGGCUCCUUUAUCAUGAUGAACGUGUGUGCAGUCGUCAUCGCCACCCAGUUCUCGGACAACAUGAAACAAGAAACAGCAGAGCAGAGUGUCGGUGCUGUGGCUAUCGCAUGGCUCUAUGGCAAGUUAACUGGAUGGCUGCAGGGGAUCUCCCGUAAAUUCAACAGACUUCAUAACAAGGUGCAUCCUCAUGGCGGCAGCAGCAGGAUUGAUGACCCAGUGAUCUUUCAGGUCUGGAGACCAUUCAUGCAAAAACUUAAGAGGACUGUCAACAGUAAACUCUUCGACCGAUUGAUCAUGUUUGCUGUUUUCCUCAAUAUUGUCACCAUAGCCAUAGAGCAUCAUGACCAGCCUAAGAAGUUGACAGAUAUGUUACAGAUCAGUAACAUUGUCUUCACCAUUAUAUUUGUUGUGGAGUUGGUCUUAAAGCUGCUGGCUCUCGCGUGGACAUACUUUAGGGACUGGAACAACAGCUUUGACUUUGUCAUUGUUAUCAUCAGUUUGUGGGAGAUAAUAUCUAACGCAGACGGCCGGUUGUCAGUUCUGCGUGCAUUUCGUCUGCUGCGGUUUGUGAGGCUGCUUCACUUCCUCCCUUACCUGAAGAGACAACUGCUCGUGCUGAAGAGGACCAUGAAAGAGGCAUCCACACUCUGCAUGCUACUGCUGUUUGUCAUCUUUAUUUUCAGUGUAAUGGGUAUGCACCUGUUUGGUGGUAAAUAUUACUACGAGACGCAGCACGGAGAAGUCAUCGUUGAGCGAAAAAACUUUGACACCCUGCUCUGGGCCAUGGUCACUGUGUUCCAGAUUCUGACUCAGGAGAACUGGAAUCUGGUGAUGUACAAUGCCAUGGCAACUACCUCCGAAUGGGGCUGUAUCUACUUUGUUGUGGUCAUUAUAUUGGGAAAACAUGUUCUUCUCAAUAUACUUGUGGGCAUAGUGGUUCAGAGUUUCCAGGCUAGGCAUUUCUCAGGUAUGGAUCAAGACUCUUCUCGCCCUUCCUGUGAGUCUACCAGUUCCACUCCGGAAAUCUUGAUCCCUGAAAACCCUGCACAGACAGAUAACGAUGACAGAAACGGCCCCUCAGGACCCAACCGAGGCCUCUCUCUCUCUGCUUGUUGGCCCAGCAGAUUCAAUGCGAUUAACGCUGCCCCAGGAGAAGACUCUGCACCUACAGAUACCAAUGGGGACAAUAGAUGUUUGAACUUGAUCCAGAAAACGGUCAGCUGGUGCAAAGAACAUGAAGAGUGGUCGUUCUAUGUGUUUUCUCCACAGAACAGGUUCCGCAUCUGUUGUCAACGCCUGAUCUCUCACAAGAUGUUCGACUAUAUGGUUCUGGUCUUCAUUCUCCUCAGCUGCAUCACCAUCGCUGUGGAGAGGCCUGAAAUAAACCUUAAAAGCACGGAGCGUUGGAUCCUGAAUACGGCCGGUUACGUAUUCUCUGCUGUCUUCUUUGUAGAGAUGCUCUUUAAGGUUAUAGCUCUUGGUUUGCUGUUUGGGAAGGAGAGCUACUGCCGGUCUGCCUGGAAUGCUGUGGAUGGUUUUUUGGUGAUUCUGUCUUUAGUCGACAUCUUAAUCUCUCUGGCCAGUACAAGUGGAAAACAUGUGCUGGGCGUGCUCAAAGUUUUGCGCCUGCUACGCGCAAUGCGCCCGCUGAGGGUGAUCAAGCGAGCCCCAAAACUGAAGCUGGCUGUGGAAGCCCUUCUCGCCUCGGUUAAACCCAUCGGGCACAUCGUUCUUAUUUGCUGCACCUUCCUCUUUUUCUAUGCCAUUCUUGGGGUGCAGUUGUUCAAAGGGAAGUUCUUCUACUGUGUGGGUCAGGACACAAGAAACAUCACCAACAAGACUGAAUGUCUGUCGGCCAACUAUCGCUGGGAACGAAAGGUGUACAACUUUGACAGCCUGCCUCAGGCUCUGCAGUCCUUGUUUGUAAUGUACUCUAAGGAUGGCUGGGUGAACAUUAUGUAUGAUGGCCUGGAUGCUGUGGGAGUAGAUGAACAGCCUGUAACGAACUACAACGAAUGGAUGCUUGUUUAUUUCAUCACCUUCAUGAUUAUGAGCUUCUUUCUCCUCGACAUGUUUAUUGGUGUAAUGGUGGAGACCUUCCACCAGUGUCAGCAGGAUCAAAAAAAAGCAGCUUUACAAGUGUUACCACAAGAGGCCGAAGUAUCACAGGACCAGUGCGAGGACAUGCAUGUUUCAGAGUCUGAGCAGAUUCCAUAUUACGAACAUUACUCCUCUACUCGUCGGUCUAUCCACACUUUUUGUACCAGUAACUUCGUGGAACUCUUCAUGGCUGCCAUAAUUUUCCUCAGUGUCUUAAUGAUGGCUUUCCAACAUUAUGAUCAACCUCCGUAUGUAGAGAAGAUUACAGACUAUUCCUACUAUGUGUUCACCGUCAUCCUGAUCAUCGAAGUCCUGCUAAAGCUUGUGGCGUUUGGCUUACUGAGGUUCUUACAAAGCAGAUGGAAUCUGCUGGACAUUGCUGUCGUCUUGAUUUCCAUAAUCAGUAUUAUUUUACAAGAGAUGGAUAUGUCAGACUCAAUUCCCAUUAAUCCCAGCAUCCUUAGAGUCUGUAGAGUACUCAGACUAGCACAAGUGCUGAAGGCCAAAAAGAUACGAGUUCUGCUGAAAACCAUUAUCAAGACGCUGUCACAGGUUGGAAAUAUUUGUCUACUUUUUGCAUUCUUCUUCUUCGUCUACGCUGCGCUGGGAGUGGAGCUCUUUGGCAGGCUAGAAUGCACCGAAGAUAACGUUUGCCUGGGUUUACAUCGAUACACCAACUUUAAACACUUUGGGAUGGCCCUGCUCACGCUCUACCAAGUGUGCACCGGAGACAACUGGAGCGGGAUUAUGGCAGACACAUUGAGGCAAUGCCGUCCAAACGAUGAUGGCUGUUUGAGCUACUUGUACUGGGUCUCUCCGAUCUACUUCUCCACUUUUGUGGUUAUGGCCCAGUUUGUGCUGGUAAACCUGGUGGUGGCAGCGAUCAUGCAAGCACUGGAGGACAGCCACGAGAACAAACCUACUAAUGUCUGUCUCCCCCUGGAGGAGGAAGAAGAACUGGAGCGUGAGCGGGCCACGCUGUCUUCAGGCCAGAGUGUCGGAGCCAGAUGCAGCCACAGCAUCUCCGAGGGAUCCUCAGACUAGAGUUUAGAUUCUCGGCCUGAGCCCGGGCUCGGGCCGUUAUUUUUUAUA